AUGGAUGAGCCGCGACAUCCAAGUACAUGUGCUCACUCGCCCACCCGGUACUCCGCCGUACGCCCCCGCCGUUUUUGGCAGCGCAAACUAAGCUGCCCUGCAAGACUUCGAUCCGAUCUCCAUUAUGGGGAUUUGCGACACGUUGGAUUGGUAAAAACUCCAUCCUCCCUCCAUCCGCCAUCUGCUGCUCUCCACCUGGAAUCUCUCAUUCUCGCCGACCAACCCCCGCGCCCCCACCCCUUUCACAUUCUUUCCUCCCUCCCGUCUCCCAAUCUCCAGACUCUCAUCAUCUUCACCUUGCUCUACUUUCUUUUUUUUCCCUUUGCACUCGGCUCCUCUCGUCGCCCAACCGCAACUUCACCCUUCACCUCGGCUGGCAGCUUCCCAUCGCCUCGGCACGCCCUCCACCUCGCCUCGCCUCGCCUCGCCUCGCCUCGCCUCGCCUCGCCUCGUCUCGUCUCUGUCCUGUCUCGUCCCGUCCCGUCCCGUCUCGUCCCGUCUUCCAAUCCCUCCGGGAACAGUGCUCGAUCGAACCGGGCAGACGAGGGCAGCCGUGUCGGCUCGACAGGACGCUCCAUAUUCUACCCUCGUUUGCCAUCACGGCACCGCAUCCAGCUCCCGUCGGUCCCAUCGUCGCCUCACCUCGCUACUUUCGCACCGUCCUCCUGCUCCCUGGCUCCCUGGCUCCCUGCACGCCGCUCCAUCAUCAGCAUCUCUUCAUCUGCACCUGCACCUGCACCUGCACCCGUCCCCCCCGGGCAAGGAAAAAUCUCGGGCACAGCCAUGCAGGUUCGCGACGCAGCCGGCCGCCAGGUCUCGCUCCUCAACGACGACGGCGCCCACUACAGAAAUCAGCAGCCGCCGUCCCUGCACGGCACGAACCGUCUCCUGCCUCGGCCCGAUGCGAGCCCUCGCAGCAGCUCGUCGUCGCCCAUCACGCCGGAGCUCCUGCGGUCGGAUUCGUACGACUCCCAGAUGAGCAACGACCCCAUCUCGCCCCUGACGCCCUCGACCGACUUCUCCUUUCCCCGUGGCGCCAUCUUCCCGGUCGGUUCUCAGUCGGCCAAGCGGCCGCCGACGUACAUGAGCAGCAGCAGGUCGACCUCCUUCGACGACGACAGCACCUCGGCCGCCGCGGCCACGGCGGAGCAGCGGCCGGGCAAGCGGUACCCUUGCCGGUAUCGCGACAGUCACGGCUGCGAAAAGACCUUCACCACGUCGGGUCACGCCUCGCGCCACUCCAAGAUCCACACGGCCGAGAAGGCGGUCCAGUGCACGCACGCCGGGUGCCAGAAGAAGUUUACGCGCGCUGACAACAUGAAGCAGCACCUGGAGACGCAUUACAAGGACAAGAGCCGGUCGUCGGGCGGCGCCCGCGCCCACAAGGCCAUGCUGUCGGACUCGCGUCGCAACUCGUCCGCGUCGAGCCGGAGCCGGUCGUCGACGGCGACCAACCCGGCUUCGGCGGGCAGCCUGACGAGCCGCGACGGACCGCCGCGCGAGGCGCACGAGAGGCAGUACCCGCCGCUCAGGCCCGACGGCGCUGCCGCGUCCUGGGAUGUGCCGGGGUCGACGCUCGGCUCGCUCAACCGGCCCGUCGUUGCGAGGAAUCCGAGCAGCGGCCUCGACGCCCUCGCCCUCGCCGUCGAGUGCCAGGCGGCUGGCUCCGCGCAUGGGAUGCCAUGCUGCGAGACGCGCGGGCCGGAGCGGUUCGAGUACCGAGUCCACCGUGUCGGCGCCCGCACGACGACGUGGAAGGGCGAGAUAUCAGCCGCCGAGCACUCGCGGCCGACUUCGCCCAGGCUGGAUUGGAAGCGGUGCCGCGGCCGGCACGUGCAGUCGGCCGCGUCGUAUCUGGCCGCGCUCGGGCGGAUAUUUCACCUUUGCCUUCUGACGGAUUCUGCGUUUCCCGCCCUCGUUCAUCGAUUUUCCAUCUCGAGGGGCCCGAAGCUUGGACCGAAGAGGGAUCAUGUUGCUCACGAGCAGACGCAGGGUGCGUAG